AACACUCAACGUGUUUCGCUUGUUUUGAAAUUGGAAGUUUGCAGCGCUUCUGUGCAGACGAGCGUCCGCUAAAGACAAACAAACUGUUGCCUCACGUCCGCGCGUGAAGACUCGGCGAGAAAGCGCCUUUUUCAGCUGGGAAGAAUAUGGAUGUUAUUCCCAUGUGUAGUAUUUUCCAGGAGCUACAGAGUGUCCUUGACACGGGAUACCUGUCCGCAGUACCAUCUCUAGAGGAGUACUGGCAGCAGACAUGUCUUGAGCUUGAGCGCUAUCUACAAAAUGAGCCCUAUGUCUCUGCAGCUGAUCUGACAUCAGUAUGUGAGUCUGACAAUCUGUGGAACCAGUUUCUGCGGUGCUGUGGGACUGAAUCAAACCUGUCCCCGACGGAAGCUUCCAUCCCCAAGCAGGAGGGGAACGCUAUGGCUGCCCAUUCACUGUUCGGCAGCUGUAAGAAGAUCAUUGUGUCUGCUAAUGUGCUCACACACACACUCGAUCACAGCAGAUCUGAGCAGCAGCAUGCAAUCACACACACACCCCCAACGCCACCCUCCUCACCCUCAUUCCCUCUCAUGGAGGUUAAAGUAGAUACAGAAGGGGCAGGAAGGGGGGAGAUCACAGGUGAGGGGUCACCUGAAGGACGAAAGAGAGCUCAUCGCUGUUACUUCGAUGGCUGCAGGAAGGUGUACACCAAGAGCUCUCACCUGAAAGCACAUCAACGCACACACACCGGUGAGAAGCCGUACAUUUGUUCAUGGGACGGCUGUGAGUGGCGCUUCGCUCGAAGUGAUGAACUAACGAGGCACUUCAGAAAACACACCGGAGCAAAACCCUUCAAAUGCAGCCACUGUGACAGGUGUUUUUCUCGUUCUGAUCAUCUGGCGCUGCACAUGAAGCGACACAUCUGAAUGCAAAUCCCAAAGACUUGCACAGAAUCUCAAAGACCUGCACAGCUGGUUUUCUACGUAUCCACUGAGUUUCAGUAUUGCAGAUUUUGCACACUCUUGGUAAACGCAUGCUUUCAGCUGAACAUGGGUAAUAGUGUUCAUUCCCAUUCUGGUGACUUUUGACUUGUUCAAUUCAAGUUAUAGCCUAGCUAUAAAGGGAUUGAAAAUGCAAGAAACCUGGUACUGAAUGCAUGUUAACAUAUUUGCUGGCUUUGCAUAUCGCUGUGAAUAUGUCAUAAUUAAAUCAAAAAUUAUAUUUUGCAACAAAGCUAACUAACACUGAAUACACUGAAAUCACUUCUGCACAGCUAAUGAUUUUAUAUCCAGAGCAGCUAUAUGUGCAUAUAGUUUUAUAAGAAGGCAUAUUUGUGACAAAUAAAAGUGUUAAUUGCUGUUAAUUACACUCAGAUAAAAAAAAAAAAAAACUGUCACUGGGACAGUACCACUUCAUAAGGUACAUACAGGGUAUAUAUAAAGUACAAAUGACCAGCUUAAUCCAGCAGUUACAGGUACAUUAGUCCAGAUGUUAUCACAAAAACGGUUUUUACCACAAAAUUGUGCAUUAGUGCCUUAAAAUCAUUCUCUUAAACUUAAUGAGUAAGUUUAAAGCUCUACGGCUCAGAUGAAGCUCUUGCAUUUGUUGUCCAGAUGUUUAAAGCCCUGCAGAUGUUAAAGAGCUGAGGAUGUUCACUCAGGGAUUGAUCAUAUGAAAGCUUUUAAUGUCUAACUGGAAUUUGCAGUAUUUUUGUGGAAUUUUAAAAUGUUCUCCAAUAUUAUAAAGUGCAUAUAAAGAUUUUUCUAUUAAGAGUGAACUAGAAAAAAAUCAUGAUAUUUUCAUUCAAAUAUUGUUUUGAUAUUUUCAUAUUUUCAUUCAAAUAUUUUUGUCUAAAGAGACUGAUGCACAUUUUUUUUGCUUUUUAUUAUUAUUAUUAUUAAAAAUGUUACUUUUUGUUUGUGUUUGCUCUUUAUUGUUAUUUUCUUUUUUAAAAACAGACAAUAUAUUGUAAGAUUUUUUUAUUAUCUUUGUAAAUACAUUUUAUACCACAAUAAUAAUGAUUUUUUUUUUAA